GAGCAUUUUCCCCCCUAACCACCACCAGAUUGGCACCUUAGAGUAGCCCAGUCAUCGUCCACGAGUUGACCGUUGGCGAUUCAUCCUCCAUCCACAAAUCCCCCGGCCUCCUCAAGCGUUGCCGGAAUAUCCAUCGCUAGUCGCAAACACGCUUCCUCACUCCGCCAUUUUUAACCCAUACACACAAUACAACUUUCAACAUGUUCCCGACCGUCCGCUACCUGUAAAUCGUCCGCCUCACCCGCACUCUCCUGGUCAAUCUUUCCACCCAACUCAAAAUGUCAACUCUUCGUCUCCCCUUGGAAGUUCCCAACUUUCAAGUUUCUCUACAACUCGCCAUGUCGCGAUAAACAGUAACUCUGCACGUCCUCAGACGUUCAACCAGGUCUUCAAUAACUUUUCGGAUCUUGCUGCCCACUAUGGCAUACCCCAGUCUCUGCCUCCAGCACCUCGUACAACUCCCCGUAGACCACCAGCACACGGAGAUAUCUCAGCUAAUACACAACCACCAGAACCUGAUUUUGUAAACCUUUGCUCGAACUAUUUGACUAUGUUGUCUCAAAAACCCGACGACCAUGCUGCGACCGAUGUUUCCUCUGGUGACUCGGCGCAGCCUAUGGCUACUCCGCAAAUGUCUGAUGCGGAGACCAUUCAGACUCUUAUGGAAGUUCUGAAAGCUACGCCCGAACUACAAAUGUCAAAUGACUUUGGUUCGGAGUAUCUGACGUCGCCUCUUAUCGACUCGCCCUUGGACGAUGAGAUGCUGACUACGCCCGCCAUGGGAUCUGCCGAUAUCGGUGCUGAUAUCCUGACAAGUCCUUUCUUGGGUGACUUCCAUUCGUUUGGAAAUGACUAUUUCUUCGAUGAUGGCAAUUAUGACUCCCUAUUUGCGGAGCCGAAGCCUCGGAAUGAAUUUUCUGCUCCUCCCGUACUUCCUCCUAACCUGGAUGAGAUGUACUCCAUAUCCCCCGCAACACCAUUCCUCGAUAAUUCGUCGGCUGAGUCCUCGCCGCAAUACUCUAACGUAGCGAUGCCAUCUACUUCGAAGCGUAGAACGACCGCUCCGACUGGUACUCGGCGCAACAUCACGCCCGCUGCUCUUGUUCCUAUCGAUGCUCCCACUCAGCCUCGCAAGUACGUCACACCAUCGGUGACGUCGCGGAAAGAGGUUCCUGCCAUCUUUGCUCGCAAGCGUGCUCGGUCACAGGCUUUUGGAGACGAGGAAGAUCAACUGAACGAAGAUCAAGAGCAGAUUGAGGCGAAGCGACGCCAGAAUACCAUUGCAGCGCGACGGAGCCGCAAGCGCAAGCUAGAGUACCAGAGGGAGUUGGAAGAUAAUGUUGAACAGUACAAACGCGAGAGCGAGGUCUGGAAAUCGCGGGCGUUGACAUGUCAGGCGCUGCUUCGUAGCCAUAACAUUGAAUGCCCUCCUUUCCCUGAUAUCUAAAGCGUUUCUCCUCGUCUCCUCGUCGCUGUUGUGUUGCUUGUUAUACCCAUCUCCCCGCUUGGACAAAUGCAUAAUAGUCAUAGCCGACUUCCCCUAUCCCCAUCCCCAUCCCCUUUUCUUCUUCUUUGGCUGCCCCCUUCGAUGCUCCGUGUAUACUUAUAUUCACCAUCAUUCCCUAACCACUGGCUAGGAGUAUCGUCGUAUCCCCUGUCCCUGACCACCACUUUCUAUCCCCUUUUUUGACAUCUUCCCUUAGUAUUCCCGUCUGAUGUUUCGAUAUUCCUGGGUCCUCUUUAUUACUGCAUUCUUUCUUUUCAAGUCUAUCGCGCUUUCUAUUAUGCCUUAAGUACCAUGACCCUGUCUCGUCCAAUGUUUAAAAUGUGAUCAUUUUGGCUACUUUAUAAAAGUAUUUUGAUAUUUAACU